AUGAAAGCUACAAAACGAACAGCAGAUUUUAAAGCUUUGGAACUGAAACUCACAAACUCUAUUUUCCUGCACACAAUAUAUAUUAAGGAGCAUGCUGUGAGAGAACAUACAGCGGAUAGACCAUCAGGGCGAACUCUUCUCGUUGUUAAUAUUCCUCCUUAUGUUGACGAAAAAGGAAUUACUAAUGCAUUCUCAGAAGCUGGUGCUAUAACAUCAGUAGAAUUUUGUGAUAAACCAACCACUGCAGAAAAAAAAGCUGCAAAACUCAAGUAUAUUCAAGAUGAAAGUCCAUCAACUUGUAAGGUGGCAUAUAUUGUUUUUGAAAAAGUAUCACAGCUAGAUAAAGCAUUACAUUUAUCACAGUUAAAUCCAUUAAAUUCAGAAGAUCACCAAAUAGAAGUAGGUAUGAAAAAGUGGAUCAAUCAGUACAACAAUUCUGUUGUAAUGCCUAAAAUUUUAAAAGAAAGAAUUGAAAUUUUCAUGAAACACCAUGAUAAAGAAAUGGCCAAAGCAGAAAAGAAAGAAAAAGCAUUAACAGAAGAAGAUGAUGAAGGAUGGGUAACUGUCACUAAAAGAGGCAAAGUGCAAAGCUUUGCUCGAUCGGAAAAAGUAGAAAACAAAAUAAUGGAAAAAGAAGAGAAAAAUAAAAAAAGGAAAGAACUGAAAAACUUUUACACUUUCCAAAUUAGAGAAUCAAAAAUGAAACACAUUGUCACUUUACGCCAAAAGUUUGAAGAAGACAAGAAGAAAAUAGCACAAAUAAAACAAAGUAGAAGAUUUAAACCAUUUUAA